AUGUCAGCCACUAGUCUUCUUCCUUCAGAUAUAGCAUCCACAUCACCUUCCACUCCUGCAAUGUCAGCCACUAGUACUCUUCCUUCAGAUAUAGCAUCUACAUCAGCAUCCACUCCUGCAAUGUCAACCACUAGUACUGUUCCUUCCAGAUAUAGCAUCCACAUCAGCAUCUACACCUGCAAUGUCAGCCACUACCCAUCAGCAUCUACACCUGCAAUGUCAGCCACUUCAUUCAGAUAUAGCAUCUACAUCACCAUCCACCCUGCAAUGUCAACCACUAGUACUCUUCCUUCAGAUAUAGCAUCUACAUCAGCAUCCACUGCAAAUGUCAUCCAACUGAUCAUCUGUCAGCAUCCACCCUGCAAAUAUAUAGCAUCCACAUCAGCAUCCACUCCUGCAAUGUCAACCACUAGUACUCUUCCUUCAGAUAUAGCAUCUACAUCACCUUCCACUCCUGCAAUGUCAACCACUAGUACUCUUCCUUCAGAUAUAGCAUCUACAUCACCAUCCACUCCUGCAAUGUCAACCACUAGUACUCUUCCUUCAGAUAUAGCAUCUACAUCAGCAUCCACUCCUGCAAUGUCAGCCACUAGUACUCUUUCUUCAGAUAUAGCAUCUACAUCAGCAUCCACUCCUGCAAUGUCAGCCACUAAUAUAGCAUCUACAUCAGCAUCCACUCCUGCAAUGUCAGCCACUAGUACUCUUCCUUCAGAUAUAGCAUCUACAUCAGCAUCCACUCCUGCAAUGUCAACCACUAGUACUCUUCCUUCAGAUAUAGCAUCUACAUCAGCAUCCACACCUGCAAUGUCAACCACUAGUAUUGUUCCAGAUAUAGCAUCUAAAUCAGCAUCCACUCCUGCAAUGUCAACCACUAACUCCCUUCAGAUAUAG